AUGCAGGGUAUUUUGAGAUUGCUGGUCCUGGCCGUUAUGAUCUUGGCUACUUGCCAGCAGAGGACCACCUCAAUGCCGUGCAUGGAUAGGGACCCAAACUGUCCUCUCUACGUCGGAAACGGCUUCUGCCAAUCUACCCUCUAUUCCCGAUCCCAAAUCCAAUUUUCAUGUGCCAAGUCAUGUGGAAUGUGCCAAAACAGACAGACCACCACGCGCCGUCCGAUGGGCCGGAAA